GCCCGGGCCCCGCCCCUCGGGGCGGCUCUGCGCAUGCUCGGCGGUGCGGCCGGCAGAGCGGGCGGCGGCGACCUGGAGACCCCCGAGGGAUGGAAGCGCCGGCGCCGGCGGAGGCGGCGGGAUGCGAGGAGCUCGAUAUGGACGUGAUGAGGCCCUUAAUAAACGAACAGAAUUUCGAUGGGUCGUCCGACGAGGAGCAGGAACAGACGCUUCUGCCCAUGCAGAAACACUACCAGCUCGAUGGGCAGCAUGGGAUUUCGUUUGUGCAGACCUUGAUGCACCUUCUCAAGGGGAACAUUGGAACCGGCCUCUUAGGGCUUCCCUUGGCAAUAAAGAAUGCAGGCAUCGUGCUUGGACCAAUCAGCCUUGUGUUUAUAGGAAUUAUUUCCGUCCACUGUAUGCACAUAUUGGUACGUUGCAGUCACUUUCUAUGUCAGAGGUUUAAGAAGUCAACGUUGGGGUACAGUGACACUGUGAGUUUUGCCAUGGAGGCCAGCCCGUGGAGUUGUCUUCAGAGGCAGGCAGCGUGGGGGCGGAGCGUGGUCGACUUCUUUCUGGUGAUAACACAGCUGGGAUUCUGCAGUGUCUAUAUUGUCUUCUUAGCUGAGAAUGUGAAACAGGUUCAUGAAGGACUCCUGGAGACCACAGUGGUCGUUUCGAAUAGCUCGGAUCUGUCUCAAGUCUGUGAGAGGAGAAGUGUGGACCUCAGGGUCUACAUGCUCUGCUUUCUCCCACUUCUAAUUCUCUUGGUGUUCAUUCGAGAGCUGAAGAGUCUCUUUGUACUCUCAUUCCUUGCCAACAUUUCCAUGGCUGCCAGUCUCGUGAUAAUUUACCAGUAUGUUGUUAGGAGCAUGCCGGAUCCCCACAACCUUCCGAUAGUCGCGGGGUGGAAGAAAUACCCACUGUUCUUCGGUACCGCUGUGUUUGCUUUUGAAGGCAUAGGCGUGGUGCUGCCACUGGAAAACCAAAUGAGAGAGUCCAAGCGCUUCCCUCAGGCGUUGAACAUUGGCAUGGCCAUCGUCACGGUGCUGUACAUCAGCCUGGCCACGUUAGGCUACAUGUGUUUCCGAGAUGAGAUCAAAGGCAGCAUAACACUGAAUCUUCCCCAGGACAUGUGGUUGUAUCAGUCAGUGAAAAUCCUGUAUUCCUUUGGCAUUUUUGUGACCUAUUCUAUUCAGUUCUAUGUCCCAGCAGAGAUCAUUAUCCCCGCAGUCACUGCUAGACUUCAUGCCAAAUGGAAGUGCAUCUGUGACUUUGGGAUACGGUCCCUCUUGGUGCUGGCGCGGUUCUCAUUCCCCGCCUGGACAUUGUGAUCUCCUUCGUGGGGGCUGUGAGUAGCAGCACUCUAGCCCUGAUCCUGCCCCCGCUUGUGGAGAUCCUGACGUUUUCCAAGGACCAUUACAACGUAUGGAUGGUCCUGAAGAACAUUUCCAUAGCGUUCACUGGGUUCGUGGGCUUCUUGUUGGGCACGUAUGUCACCGUCGAAGAAAUUAUUUAUCCAACUACAGCAGUUGCUGAUGGCGCCUCCCAGAGUCUCUCUCUGAACGUGAACUCUACAUGUGUAUCAAGUGGUUUGUAAUAGUGGGAGAAGAGCGGUGAACCCUCCGUUGUCACCCCAGUUCUAACAGCAAUCAAGAACGGGUACAGUGUAUCGCCAUACACUAAACACAGUGCCAAACUCCUGUUUUUGUUGGCAGAGUAUUGUAAUUUGACUGUGAACUGACAUCUUUUGUAGCUGUGAUAAACUAUAGCAGAUUAUUGCUUUUAUCUAAUGACAAUGAAACAUUUUAAAUUAGCUUUGAAGACUGAAAAAGUUUAAAAUUCAAAACGGAAACAAUAAGCAUAGCCUGUUAUUCUUUGUUUCUGUAAGAAAUACUUUGGGUCAUCUUUCUUACCACCAUUGAGAAGACAAAGGAUUUCAACAUGGUAUAAAUUAAAUAGGGGCAUAGUUUUAAAAACCUCUUGGAAGCAUCCCACAAUAGCAGUGUUUACCUCCUGUGUACGUGUGCACAAAAAUGCACUGAUGGUGUUUUCUUCCGUGGGUGAUGCUGCUGACGGGGCGAUGCCUUGGAGGGAUGGCAGAUUCCCACUGACCACCGUGUGAGCAGUAGAGCGUUCCCAGAGCCAGAGUCGCUUUAUUGUGCAGCUAUUCAGAGGGUAGAGCGUCACGGUCACUGAGCAAGGCUCUGACUUCCUGUUUCAGUCGUAGGUGAAAAGGUCACGGAGGUAUCUGGAAUAUCGCUCCCUUAGUUCUGUCUUAACUUAAGGGAGUUAUUGCUCCCUUAGUUGUUCUGUCUUAACUUGAGGGAGUUAUUGCUCUCUCAGUUGGGUUUCUGUCACUGAUACAACAGCACAACCAGAAGCAAUUCUGCAGGAGAAGGCUUCAGUUUACAGUUCCACACCACAGUCCUUCAUUAAGGGGAGUGAGGGCAGGAACUCAAGGCGGGAACCUGGAGGCAGGAACUGACGAAGAUGCCAUGGAGGGGUGCUGCUUAUUGGCUUGCUUCUUGUGGCUUGCUUCUCGUGGCUUGCUUCUCGUGGCUUGCUUCUCGUGGCUUGCUUCUCGUGGCUUGCUUCUCAUGGCUUGCUCAGCCUGCUUUUUUAUAGUACCCAGGGUAGCCAGCCCGGGUUGGUACCACCCACAGUGGGUAUAUCCCUCCCACCUCGAUCAUCAAUCUGGAAAAUGCCCCCACAGGCUUGCCUGCAGUUCUGUCUUGCAGAGACAUUGUCUUGAUUGAGUCUCUUCCAAAACCACUCCAGAUUGUGUUAAGCUGACUUAAAAUUCGCCAGGAUGGCUACCGUUGUAGGAAAUGGAGUCCCAGAAUGCUGGGUUACUUGGUCAAGAGGACUUAGGCUGGAGUCAAGAGAACCUGACACGUGACCCAAUGAAACAAUUAUUUUUCAUGUCACAGUCAGUAAGAAUUAAACACACCAGUUUAAUGUUAGUGUAAAGUUCAGUUACAUUUUCAUCCUUUGGGAGAGUGUCCUAUCUCCGAAUAGUAUUUGUGACGAGAUUAAAAAGCCAGAAAAGAAAUCCAAGACCUCACACAGGGAAAGAGGCUACCAGUCCUAUAAACAGCCGGAGACUGGCAGCCACAGGGUGCGCUGUAGGGCGGAGGUCUCGGGGGCGAGGCCCCUUAAACAGCUGGCUAACUUUGUAGUGAUCUAGCCACAUGCUUCCUUGUUUCCUUGUAGAUACCUGAUAAAAUACAGAACUCUAGAGCCUCCUAGCCACAUAGCAUUCCUUACUGCCGGCUUCCGUUGAUCUGAAUGGGCAGAUGAACUGUGGGAUGUAUGUUUAAGAAAACUGGAGACAAUAGGGAACUGUCUAGGAAAGACCAGGCACUUUAGGCAUUGUCCAGAGAGAUGCUGCCUUCUUCCUGUCUUCACACACACUAGCCAAAGCAACCAAGCUCACCUGAUGACGAAGAGGAGAACUGGGGAGUUUGAGGGACGGGUGGGUCGUCUCUGACCGUCUUUGCCCAUUGGCUCUGUAAUGUGUUAUCUGGAAGACGUUACCAAGCCAUCUGGGGGAUUCUCUAUUUUUUACGUAAAUGUUAAUUUAUUCAGGUGUGGCUUUGCGUACCUCAUUACUUUGUCUUUAAGUCUGAGCCUAUAAAUAUAUCAGAAGCUUUAUUUUGCUAUGCAUUCAUAAGAACCAAAACUUUAAAAACAUUUAUGUUAGAUAUUUCUAAUAAUUGUGAUAUUUUAUGUUAAAUUGUUACUUCAAGUCUUCAGCCUUAGGCAGUGGAUGAGUUUGUGAGAAAAGUGAUUUCAUUGGAAUUGGACUGUGAGGAAUGUAUUAGGUAUUUAAAACUACAGUGGCACACGGCUCUUGUCAGCUGUGUUCACGUUGUAUCUGUACUUGGCCUCGUUUUAUUUUUGUGUCUUCACCUGCUCCUUGCGGAAUUCAAGUGCAGCAGGUUUUUAACAAGUGGGUCACCGCGGGGCUUCUUAAGUUCUGCGCACGGGGUGUGAGCGUCUCAUCAGCUGGGACGUCUUCUGUAGUGAGACUGCGGAGUCAACAGCCCGUAUGGAAGUCCCCAGAUUGUCAGCACAAGAGGAGUCACAGUACAGAAAGGAGGACAUGGUGAAAGAGGGGAUGGUUUUAGUCUGCGGCGUGAGGCACUGUUUACAUGCAGUAUAAAAGACACACACUUGUUUAAGGGACCCUGAAGACAUCCUUACGGUUUGAUAAUUUCCCUCUGAUAUUUGCUUUUACAGAAUUUUAUUUUCUAAAGAUUUUUGGAGAAGAUAUUUCGAUUCUAGCAGCUAUUCCUUUUGUUUGGGGACCCGGAGGAAGGGGAAGCAGGCACACAUGUUGAACUAUCCUGAUGGAUCACACGUGGCUGAAGUGACUCCAGCAGUUACUUCUGUCGCGGUGGGAACUGUCUCGGAGAGCCAGUCAGUUGCGUGGAUGUGGUUUCCUCUGAACAGCAUUGAGAAAGCUGCUGUUUGCCUCCCAUGGGCAGACUCAGCCAUUCGCCUCGUGACACUGUUUCCUGACUCCAAGGAGUGCACUGGUGUCUGAGUCCACUCAAAACACUGUUCCCACACGACUUUCAACACAGGAUCUUCCCCUCCGUGUGGCCCCGUUUCUCCACAGUUGAGCAAGUAGGAAUUGGGAAGUUUUCGGGUUAGAUGGCGCCACUUGACGUACACAGAGCUGUGUUUGCAGUACCCCAAUACUUUCCUGUCCUGUCUGUUCUCUCUGACCUGCCACCAAAGCCGGCUCUGAGUCUUGUUAGAUGAUGUACUUUUUUUUUUUUUUUUUUUUUCUGGAGCUGGGGACCGAACCCAGGGCCUUGCGCUUGCUAGGCAAGCGCUCUACCACUGAGCUAAAUCCCCAACCCCAAUGAUGAUGAUGUACUUAAAGUGUUUGUAAGCCAUUUGUGGCAGUGCACUUGUGAAUUUCCUAACAGGGUUUGAUCUUACUUGGUGUAUGUGUUUGUGGUCCUAGAGAAUGCCAGUUUAGGUGCACGUCGGUGCCCUUCUAACUAGGUUUUACAGGCUCACCAUUUCCCUUGGGUGCCCACAGCACAUGGGCAGCAUACGGUAGGUCUGUGUGCAACUCCUCUUUCCUCAGUCAAGAUGGGAAUACGGCGCAGAGCCCAGGAGAUAAUAAAUGCAGUUGUUUCUAGAACAUGGAUGGUUCAGCAGAUGCUAACUGUUGAGCAGUAAAACUGUUAGAAAGCACCAAUAAUGUCAAAUUAUAAAAUGUUGGAAAAUGUGUUCGUUUUGAUCAGCUUGGCUCAGUUAUUGUCCCUUAAUUAAGAGAAUGUGAGGGAUUUGUCUCUCACAGAUAACAGGAUUCUUCCUGUCGUUGAUGGCUGCAUGUUACUGGCCACACAUGACUUUCUGCAUCUCGUUGGUUCCGACCUAGGAUGUAAAAAGAAAUGUGCUUAGGAAACGGCUAGGUCUAGAAUUUAUUGCCUAAUGAGUGAAAUGACAAGUCACCCGAUUUCCUGUUAGCAUGGGCUUGUUCCUGUGUGCGUCCAUGCAUGUUACCCCACAGGGACCCCCAUCUGAAUCCACUUCAGCUACUCCACCCCAGAUAGGGCCAGAUGAUGAUCACAUAGGAAGAUCCAUAAUCAUGACACCAACAAUUCAGGCUAUCGAUUUAUGGUUUUCAAAAAUGAUUUUGUAAACUUUAUUGAAAGUAAAGUUUCAUUGGACUUGUGUGUCGUUUCUUAUAAUUUAUUUUUCUUUGUAAAAGAGUCUGAAAAUGUCUGAAAGUACUGUGACUUCUGAGUUGUCAAUAAAGUAUAAUUAUUUUGCUUGCUAA